GGGGUGGGGCCGAACUUCUCGCCCUCCUGGCGCCGGUGGGCGAGAUGCAGGCGCCGGCAAGCCCCGCGGCAGUUCCUGGCCUGCCACCCGCGGGAGCACCUAGCCUAGCGCCCGCUGGCCCCGGCUGAAGACGAUGAUCCCACCAGGCGAGUGCACGUAUGCUGGGAGGAAGAGGAGGAAGCCUGUCCAGAAACAGAGGCCUGCUGUGGGGACAGAGAAGUCAAACCCUUCCAAGCGGCACCGGGACCGCCUCAACGCAGAGCUGGACCACCUGGCCAGCCUGCUGCCCUUCCCCCCCGAUGUCAUCUCCAAGCUGGAUAAGCUGUCCGUCCUGCGCCUCAGCGUCAGCUACCUCCGGGUGAAGAGCUUUUUCCAAGCUGUGCAGAAGUGCUCGAGGCAGCCCGUGGCCAGCACGCCCUUGCCCGGAUCUGGGGGUCCCCACACAGUGUCAGUGGUGCCGGAGGGGAGGCUGCUGCUGGAGUCUCUCAACGGCUUCGCUCUGGUCGUGAGCGCGGAAGGCGUGAUCUUUUAUGCGUCGGCAACAAUCGUGGACUACCUGGGCUUCCAUCAGACGGAUGUCAUGCACCAAAACAUUUAUGACUACAUCCACGUGGAUGACCGUCAGGACUUCUGCCAGCAGCUGCACUGGGCCAUGGACCCUCCCCAGGUGGUGUUCGGGCAACCCCUGCACCCAGAAACAGGAGAAGAUGCAAUCCUGGGGAGGCUACUCAGGGCCCAAGAGGCGGACGCGGACCUGCCCACCGAGUACUCGGCCUUCCUGACCCGCUGUUUUGCCUGCCGUGUGCGCUGCCUGCUAGACAGCACCUCGGGCUUCCUGACGAUGCAGUUCCAAGGAAAACUGAAGUUCCUGUUGGGGCAGCAGAAGAAGGCGCCCUCAGGGACAGCCCUGCCCCCGCGGCUCUCGCUCUUCUGUGUUGUGGUGCCCGUUCUCCUGCCUUCUGUGGCCGAGAUGAAAAUGAAGAGUGUGUUUCUGAGAGCAAAGCACAGGGCAGACCCUGUGGCCACCAUGGACACAAAGGUGAAAGCGCCCCCCAGGCCGUGUGUGCCCGAGUUGCCCAGGAAGCGCGCUCACGUGGCAGGACGAAGCAAUGGCGAAGCCUGUGUUCCCGUGUUCAGGGCACAGAUGGACGCUGUCCGCUGCCCUCGGGUCCUGACCCAGGCCCCAUGCUUAUGCCUCAGGGGCGGCCCUGACCUGGCCCCCCAGGGGGCUGCAAGGGUGAAAGCGCCCCCCAGGCCGUGUGUGCCCGAGUUGCCCAGGAAGCGCGCUCACGUGGCAGGACGAAGCAAUGGCGAAGCCUGUGUUCCCGUGUUCAGGGCACAGAUGGACGCUGUCCGCUGCCCUCGGGUCCUGACCCAGGCCCCAUGCUUAUGCCUCAGGGGCGGCCCUGACCUGGCCCCCCAGGGGGCUGCAAGGCAUGGGGAGGAGGAGGAGCCGGAAUGCGUGCUGAGUGGCUCCUGUGGACUGAGGAGCUGCAGGGAGAUACAUGGGGACGGCUGCCUCGUGGAGACGCCAGGACCCUCAAGGCGCCCAACCCUGGUGUCAGAGGAGCGCAGCCAGGAGGCCAUCAGGCUGCAGCUGCACUCCAGCAGUAGUGGCCUGUUCUCCGCCUGUGCUGCACCCCACCCAGGCAUCCAGAGCACUUUCCAAGGGGGCUCUGCUGCUUUCAGAAGCCCGCCCAUCUCCCGAGCGCCCAGCCACUAUCCCCGGGCCUGCUCUGGCAGGCUAAGCACACACCUGCGGGGGCUAGGCCAGGGCCAGGGCCAGGUGCCCCCUCCCACCCGCCACGUCCCGCAGUGCAGCCUUGAGAGCCAGCUCCCCCCGCCUGGAGCUCAGCGUUUCACGGUGGGCGGCUACUCCACCGCUGACAGUCUGCCCGUGCCCGCUGGAGCCCCGUGCAGCCCGAUGCUGUCACUAGACGUGCCCAUCAAGAUGGAGAGUGACUCUGGGCCUGAGGACACAGCAGACGGCUAUGCCUGGCUGGGGGCCAGUGGUGUGGCCACAAGGCCUCUGGUCACGUUCCCCACCAGGUUGCAUCUGAAGACAGAGCCAGGCCCCAGGUCUCAGGGCUGCACUCCAUACCACGGGCACAGCCUGCUGGGGCCUCAGCCCCACGGCAGGGCCGGCAGGGAGCUAGCCACCUUCUGCCUUGCACACUGUGCCUGCCUGGAGCGCCUGCACAGCCCUCUCGAGCAGCAGCCCUCCACCCCGGGCUGUGGGUGCAGAGCUCCAGGGGCCGUUCCCGUGGUCAAGCGUGAGCCCCUGGACUCACCUCUGUGGGCCGCUCCCAGCCAAGUAGGGGUGCCCAGAGUAUUCCCCAGAAGUGCCUUGGCGAUCCCGCCCGAAGCCUCGGAAUGCACGUCCCUGCUGUGACACUGCUCUGCUCCGCUCCAGCGCUGGCUCCACCACACUCGGGCCUGCCCACGGGAUUCGUGUGUUUGGAGCCUGUUGCAGGCAGUGUCCUGCAGCUGCACAGGGCAGUCCUCCGCCCUGCGUGUGUGGUGCAGACAGUGGCAGGUCCCAACUGUAUAACACCGCACAAGCCUUUGUGCAGGCUGGCCUGAGGUCUGCUCGAUGUGGCAGUCUCUCCUGUGUCAGCAUGGCCUCCUGGCCAGGGGCUCAGUAAUGACUGACUUUGGACGACGUUUCCGGCUUGACCUGCCAGGUCCACUCCCAGAAUCCUGCCCGAGCUGUGCAGGUGGAUGGCCUGCUGGCAGACAGCAAAGAGCAGCAGGUGGUAAAUGAGGGCCAGCCGGCACAAGUGACUGCCUGUGCCAUGUUUGUGAGUGGUCUGGGACGUCCCAGGCCAAAGAGGCCUCGACGAGGGGCCCUGCUCUGGACCACGUGCAGGGAAGGCUCUCGGCUCUCACAAGGACAGAGCUGACCUGGGACGGAAAUGGACAGGGCAGCCCCGUUCCUUCCAGCCACCCCUCGGUAUUGUCAGCGGGCCUGAUCGGCAGUUCAUGCUGCUCUGUCUCUACUUGUCCUGUAAUGAAGAGCUCACAGCCUGGGUCUGGAAGGAGAAACAAGGGCCCAGCCUCAGUGGUACAGGCUCACACCCUGCACACACCCAAGGCCCUGGCUGGCGGGAAGGGGUGAGGAGCCCUGGGUGGGGAGGCCUGAGGGCACACCUCUCACACAGACACUGGGCGUGCUGCACACUUUCUCUCGUGAAAGAAGACAACCUAAAACAAAAGAAGUACAAAGUAGAAGAAAUAGGAAAGUGAGUUGUCUGUCGGGCUGUCUUACUUGCUGUUUCUACAGUUUUUUUUUUUCUUUUUAUUGCCAAAGGGUAUGUGUGCUCACUAGAGAAAGAGAAAGCACCCCCCAUAAAGUGCAGUCAUACCACCAUCCCCCUCUUUCUCAUCCCAUCAGGGUCCUGCAGUUCACGUUGUGCUGUUUUCAAGCUGAGGCUGGGCAUGUAGGAGUCAGCAUCUUAGAUGCAGCUCUGGGGGCCAGGUCUCUACAAGUUUUUACAAUUGAGGGGUCCAGUUGGCAGCCCAGGAAGACUAUUAGAGGCAAGACAGACAAGAAUCAGACAACAGCAAACCAACGUUAAUACACUCUGAUCGUAGGAAAUUUAACGAAAGCAGACAUCGGAAGGCACAGGUCACCUUCCACACUCACAAGUGCCAACAGCAGCCCCCACGGUGCAGGCUUCUCCCAGGGCUGGGCUCAGGCCUUAGUGAAGGGUGACCGAGAACUCCCAGGCUAUGAACGUCACCCCUGAGGACCAGGCAGUCACACCAGCGAGGACUCAAGUGGACAGGCCCCUCAGGGACAGAAGCCACAGUCUGAUGUCAGCUGUGCGCCGAGUCCUGUGGGCGGAGCCACUGCCCACCUGGUACCUUCUUGUCCUGAGUGAGAGCCGGUCACUGAUCACCUGUAGCUUGAGAUGUUUGUGUUCAGCCUCUGGUUAACUGCAUGUGGCUGAGGAGCCAGCUCCCUGGGGACCAGAGAGCUGGGACCAUGAUUACACACCUGGGACCAGACACUUCCUGUCUGGAGCUGGCCAAACACUCUUCGCCUAGUGCUAAUGCUGAACAAGUCACACCUCUGCUCCCCGGGGAUUUAUGUGUGGGACCUUUGAGACACUGUGGGGUCAGACCCUUCCUCCUUCCUUCUCAUCCCAGCCCUGUUCACACCAAGACACGCAGCUGUCAGGGUCUGCUGGUCAACAUGCAUGGGGCCUUCUGGAAGCUGUCUUCUCAAGGGCUCAUUCUGCACCCAGUGUCCUUGAACUCAGGCCUCAGCAUUUUGUCUGCUUCCCUGAGAGUGCCACCAGCUACUCCUGUGCCAUGCUGAUGUGGAUAAGAGCCUGCCAGCACCACACACACGUAAUGUGUCCAAGUACUUUGGAACCAAGAGGAAAAUACCAGGCAAAAAUGCCAGACCAAAAAGAUGGAUUCGGACAUGACUGUGUGUCCCCAGGUGUUGCCCGCCCACCGGGAUAAGUGGAGCAGCUGCACCCUCCAAAGCACAGGUAGCGAUCUGGUCUGCAUAGGUCCACGCUCUCGCUCCUGGGAGGGCAGGUGCCCGUGGUGGGGAGGUGCCCAGCAGGGUGGGCUGCGUUGACGCUGACCUAGCACCCUGGUGUCUGCUCUGCAGGCUUGCCUCCUGGAGACACCACAGUACAUUGGGGGCUCAGUACCACCCAGGGCCAGCCCUGUGUCAAAGUUCCUUCCUGGGUGGGGACAACGACUCGCUGUCAGCCCAGCCUGGGGUGCAGUCAGCAGAGAGCAGAGCUGCGCUGCUGGAGCACAGGCCAAGCACCUGAAACACGGGCACGUGUGCAGCCCGUGUCCUGCUGAGCUGAGGAGGGGCAGGGGCACGGCAGGACCUGCCGGGGGCCUGUCUCGUGCACACCUGUGGACUCUCGAGCGUGAGGAACAUAAACUAACCUCCCUGCUCCAGCACUUAGUGGGGAAGUGCCGGUCAUGGGGUGUCGAAGGUGCAAAUGUCAUUUCUGCUUUAAGCACAUCGGUCCCACUUACAGGCGUGCAUUUGUGCUGUAUGUAGCUUUGCCUUUACAGCUGAGAGAAUUAAAACCAGAUGCAGUGAGGGAGUGGGAUGGGAGGGAAGAGACACAAAUUAUGCUUUGCAGUUUCCUUUGGAGGAAAAGUUUUCAGUAUCUAGACUACCUUGUUGAUGCUCUAAAACCAAUGCACUAUAAUGCAGCACUGGACUGUUCUCGGUGCCUUCAGAAUGCACUUUGACGGGAUUGCCAU